AUGAACGCGAACUCACAACAGACAUCGCCGGCAGGGUCAGAGCACGGGGGCCACGAGUCGAAAUCCGCGGAAGCAAUCGAACACCCAGGACUCGAUGUCCUAUCACUGUCGCGCGCCGUGAGAAAAAGAAGAGCGGAAUAUACGCGCAAACGGGACAUCCGAGUAAAGAUUGGCACCUGGAACGUUGCCUCAAUCUCCGGCACCGAGAAGGACAUUGGAAAGUGGUUCGUUCAAGGCGAAGGGGUCAGCGAGAAGCUUUCUGGGUCGAGGUUUGCUUCGGGAGAACGCCCGGACUCAAUUGAUGGCAGGCAUGAACUGGCCACAGAGAGCACUAAGACUGCCCCAGUUCAUUGCAGUCCCGAAGAGAUCGAUCUUUACGUUUUAGGCCUACAGGAAGUUGUCGAUGUCUCCUCACCGGCAGAAGCACUGCGACCCUAUGUGGACCCGGCACCUUCUAAGCGAUGGAAGGAAGCGGUACACAACGCACUGCCCCGGGGGUAUAAGCUUGUCUCCGAGAUCCAGCUGAUUGGACUUUUACUUCUAAUCUAUGCAUCGCCUGCAAUUGAUGAGAGCGUCUCGUCUGUCAGCAGUACCUCUGUUGGUACAGGGCUGAUGGGCUAUAUGGGCAACAAGGGUGCCGUGGCAACCCGUCUGGUUCUGGGCGAGGCUGCUCGUUUAGUCUUUAUAAACUCCCAUCUGGCAGCAGGAUCCGACAAAAACAGUCUAGAGCGCCGCAACUGGGAUUCUUCUCAGAUCGUACAGCGUACUCGGUUUGAGCCAAUUGAGUCUGAGAUUGGUGCAUCCGAUGAGUCGGGCGAUUCCAUCGGCAAUGAAGACUUUAUAUUCUGGUUUGGUGACCUCAACUAUCGCCUCGAUGAUAUUCCUGGUGAAGACGUGCGUCAAGUACUUGCCCGUCACACUGCCAAUGCAUACGAUGAAGCACGACAGGAGAAACAGGCCGCAGCCAAUGAUCUAGAGUCAGCCUCAGCCUCAGCCUCAACCAGCGAUUCUGAAGAUAAGCCGCCUUCGACUCCGCUUGAAGAAGAAAACACAAGUCCCGUCACCGAUGAAGAGAUCGAUCCUCACAACGAUCCGGCUUCUCUCCAAACUACAAUUUCCUCUCUGCUUCCGCACGAUCAACUGCGAGUCCAACAGAAGAAGGGCAAAGCUUUCCACGAGGGAUGGCGGGAAGGUCAUAUCUCAUUCCUGCCGACUUACAAGUAUGACGUUGGAAGUGUGGCCACAUUUGACUCUAGCGAAAAGCAUCGGGGACCCAGCUGGUGUGAUCGUAUUCUAUACCGCACCCGUCGGGACAAGCUGAAACAUGAACAGCUAGAUCAAGAAGCUGAGGAGGCUCGUAAGAGGGAUGAAGAAAUGAAGGCGCGCGGAUUGGAUAAGGCCGUCGCUGACGACAAUGUCUUGUUUGAAUAUGAUCCUGACACCGACGGUGCGCAGAGCGGUGACGAGUACGUCUCGGACGAGGACCAAGGUGAUGAGGAUGCUGCCUCGGUUGCGUCGCAUGAAUCGCAGGAUCCAAUUCGUUUAGAUCACUAUUUGUCCCACCAAGGUAUCCUCUCGUCGGAUCAUAAGCCGAUAGAUGCCAUCUUCACCUUGACAUUUGAUGCGGUGAAUCCCCAACUCAAGACCAAGGUUCACCAAGAGGUAGCCCGCGAGCUGGACAAGGCCGAGAACGAGGCUCGACCAGGUUUGACCGUUGUGGUGGACAGAUAUGGCAACGAGAAACAAGGGGACAAAGAUCCAAAUGCUGUCGAUCUCGGGGACGUCGCCUUUCAUGCCCCAGUUCACCGGUCUCUGACCAUUGCCAACACCAGCGGCACCUCGGCUACAUUUUCGUUUGCAGAGCGGCAUACCGACACUGAAAAGCCUGAGUGGCUCGACAUUCAUGUGUCAAGAUCAUCCGAAAGCACCAGUGAUGAUGGUAAAGCUAUUGGUUCUUCGGCUGGGAACCAUACCCUGCACCCGGGUGAAGUGGCAAUUGUCGAUAUUACAGCCCAUGUCCACGACAUCGAGCUCGUCAGGUUGCUCAAUAUAAGAAAGGUCAAGCUAGAGGAGAUUCUAGUUCUUCACGUGGACAGUGGCCGUGAUCAUUUCAUUUCGGUGUUCGGAAACUGGCUGCCCACUAGCUUUGGUUGCACUGUUGACGAAUUAACCCGUAUGCCGGAAGAGGGUGCUCGUACUUUGACUAAAUCGGACAAACCUCACCCGUCCAGCACAGAUAAAUCUCCCGAAGUCCGCUUGUCAGCACCUCGCGAGCUGUUCCGAUUGACAGAAGCAAUUUCGGAGCUGACGGAACGUGCCGUGGCAGAAUGGAGCAUGACCAACGGUGAAUCUGAGGAACACCAAGCACCAUGGACGAGAGAGCCUUCCGGGGCAUCAUGGCCUUUCCAGCCAGAUACCUGGACUCUCAAGGACCCACAGGAACGUGCUGCCCAGCAAGCUUUAGUCCACGAAGCCCUGGACACCAACGGGUCUCUCGCAUCUGUAUUUGCCCCCGAGAUCCCAUCUCUCCACCGCUUGGAGAUUCUCUCUGAGACCCUUCUCACCUUCCUCAAUUCACUCAAAGAUGGUAUCGUGACUGCAUCAGUAUGGCAAGAUAUGGAACAACAAAUGAUGGCACGCGAGAAAUCAAAGGCACCACCUCUGACCUGGGAAGAAACCCAGGCUUGGGUCCUCGAGAACCUCGCGUAUUCUCCAGCACACAGUGUCUCAUUCACAUUUGUCACCUUCAUGCUUGCUCGUAUCGCCAAUGAGGUAGCCCCAGUGCCAUCGUUCGCGCCAAGGCCAGUCUCUUCUUCUUCCAAACAUGGAAAGACGGAGGAUUCGUCUAAAGAUUUGACAGAGAAACAAUCCGAAUCUGCAGAGCUACAAUCUCCUACACCAGCUUCUGCUUCUGGAUUCAUCACUGGCGGCACUUUCCGCCGCAAGAAUCGCUCUACCAGCACACCUACGGCGGCCAGCCCUGAUCCGAUGACUACCAACCCUUCUGCGGUGCGUAGACAGAUGGUGGAGACUGCCCUAUCGUCCAUUUUUGCGCGCGUGCUUAUUUCUGCUGCCGCCCCGCUGCCGUCGAAAGAGAAAGAACGUCGUGCAUCGGAAGAGCGCAGACGAGCAAUCAUCGAACCGUUCUUGAAGAUGAUUGGAGUGGACGAUCGAGGUCCAUCGGGUGGUCGUUGA